UAUUUAUCGUUGUAUAAAAACUUCCGGGUUGUCAGAAAAGGUUGUUUUCGAUUCGAAGUGGCAAUGUGUGUUUGAAUUCAAUAGUAGAAGGUAAUACAAUAACAAAUUAAAAAGGGUACUUUUUAAAAUUUAAAUCAACGUCUAACAUCAAAGACGACGUUGUCACUUUCACAGGAGGAAGUAAAGUUCAUAAAUGCAGUAGAUGCAACAAACUAACAUGGAAGACAUUGAAGAAAAUGAAAUUGAUUGGAAGACCAAGUAUGAGGAAAUAUCUGAACGGUUAGAAGGGUUGGAGAAAAUCUCGAAAGAUGUCUUAAAGGAGUAUGAAGAGCUUACAGCAGAAUGUGAAACAUUGAAGACAGAGAAUGCGAGUCUGGCUCAGAAAAUUAUAGAGAAGGACAAACAGAUAAAGGAAGUGAACUCCUUGGUACAGCCUGCCAUCGCUGAGUAUGGCAAACUCAAGAAGAAAUACUCGAUAGAGAAGGAAUGUCGUCAGGAGGCAGAGUACUAUGCCUGCGAGGUGGUGCAGCACAACAAGAAGCUGAAGCGACAGAGCAUGGACCUGAUAGGCCUGAUGAACCGGGCCGACCACAAUUUCAACAUCCGGGACAUCAAGUUUGAAGAUGAGGAGGAACCCACUGAGAACCGUAUCGAGAACGCUCACCAACAGCAGCUCAACACCACCAUUAAAAAUCUAAAGAAAGAAGUUUCUACACUAAGCACAAAACUGGAGUUAACAGAGAUAGAACUAAAAACAGAGAAAGAAAAUCACCAGUGGGUGAAAGAAAGUUAUGAAACAUCAAAAUAUCAGUUGAAGCAAACUGAAUCAGCUCUGAGAAAACACAAGUUAGCACUACAAGAGUUAUCCAAAGUCUCUGAGGAAGCCCUGACAGAAUAUGAGUCAUUGAAGGGUAAAUAUGCACUGGAGAAGAAACGCAGAAGCUUUGUAGAGAAGAAAGUUGCAGAGAUAACUGUGGACAACUCCAAGCUGAAGCGUCAGAGUGCAGCGUUGCUAAGCAGCGUUGUCACGGGUGACCGACUGCAUCAUGCCCUGAUGGAGAUUGAAGAUCUCACAGACAAGCUGGAGAAGCAGAGACAGCACUAUGAUCAACAGAUAGCGGAGCUUGAGGAGAGAAUCUCAGAGGGCAGUGCCGAGCAGGUGUCAAAGUCCGUAGAGAACACGUCCCUGAUCACGGAGCGAGAGGACCUCGAGGCCAAACUUAGGGAGAAUGAGGACAAGUACACCUCCCUUGAGGCCAAGUAUGAUAAGCUGUUGAAGGCGUACGAGGACUCCAAGCGACCCCCACCCCCGCCCCCUCCUCCACCCCCACCAGCAGUGAACAAGGGAUUCUUGUCCAUGUUCAAGCGUACCAAGAAGCCAGAUGUUCAAACAAUGGUUAAAAAGACAGGAGGUGUGGUCAAUGAAGACUUCAACAAAGCCCUGGAGGAGAUGAUGGAGAACAUAAAACAUGGGAGAUCACUCCGACCGACCUUGAAACCCGUGAAAGAGAGCACAGAUGCUUCAGGCCAUUCAAACUUCCGAAUGGUCUUGAAGUCCAAGAGUUUUGAUGAAAUAGAGAAAAAACCAAAACAAGAGGGUGCUGCUAUGAUUGAGCUGUCCAAAAUAAUGCAAAAGAUGAAGUGCAACAACAGUGGGCCAGAACUUGAACCAAUUGUGAAGGACCAGGGAAACUCUGAAUUAGCUCAAGUUUUCCGUCGCGUGAAGAAAUCAGGCUCCAUUGAUGAGUCACCAGUUAACAUGAGAAUAAAGUUGUCUCAAGUGCAUGAAGAGCGAGAAUCUGAAGUCAUUCUCAGAAAGAAACCUGCUGUCUCAGCUGAUGCUUAAUUUACGUUCCUGUGCUGAUCUUUGCUUGCCAAUCAUGCUAAACAGAGAGUAGUCAUUGCAUUGUAACCAAAACAUUCCCUGACAUUGUCAACGCCAUUCAGAAGGAUGACAAAACAUUGUGGCUUCUGUUCAGGUUUAAAUAAUGAUAUUGAACAAGUCGUCUUGUGAGGAAGCUGUCACCUGCAAUAUUUGCCAGUGCCCCUCUUCAGGAUGUGAUUUAAAUUGCAAUGAGCCCAGCUAUGGGAAAAUGCAGCUAAAUGCAUAUACAUAAAGUGUUGUCCCAGAUAAGCCUGUGCAGUCUGUACAGUCUUAUAAGGGAUGAUAAUUUCCGCCUAAACUGAUUCUAUUAAGAGAAAAUAUCACUAUAACAAAAAAUACCAUAACAGUUGAAAGUUGUUGUCCCUGAUUAGACUCUGCAGACUUCACAGGCUCAUCUGGGACACACUUCAUGCAUUAAGCUCUGUUUUCCCAGAGCAUGGCUCAAAUGUUGUCCAAAUGUUAUAUUUGUAUCACUUAUAAUUGAAGUCUUGUAUUUUUGUUCGUUUAUAUUAAUCUAAAGUCUGUAUUUAUCUGUUUUUACCGCUACCAAAGGUUGUUUACAAUGUUUCUUUAUUCCACUGAAUUGCUUAAAAAAGAAACUACUUGUUGAAAACUUUUUUGUUGGAAAGAUUAUUUUUUGUUAAAUCCACAGGUUGUAUGUGAUAUGACGACAUUCCUUUUUGUAUGUGAUAUGACAACAUUUCUUUUUUAUCAUCAGUAAGUUUUCAAUUUUUAUUUUGCCAAUUUGAUGGCAGAAAGAGUUAUUCUUGUGCAAGCGAAAGGUUGAGGGUGACGCUAUGAAACUAUAACUUCCUUGUAAGCUGUUUAUUAGAUGAGCCCUAUCACACUUUGUCCUCAAAUUAUAUACAGAUAUAGCAUGAUUGCAAACCUAAGACCAGGCUUGAGAACCAGGCAUAAAUAAUUGCCAUAAAUGUAGUCCUUGAUAUGAGCUGCAGUAUUGAAAAUGUGUCAUAUGCCAUAUACAGCCAGCGUAGCUCCAUUGCAGCUGGCACAGGCUGGUCUGGAGCUAUACCAGCCAUAUCUAGCAUAAGAACCUUUUUGGCAUGAUACGGCUCAUUUGUAUUGUUUCAUACACUUGAUUUUUCAUUGUUAAUGAGGAACUUGUCAAGCUUCAAAAAAGACACAAAAAUAGAUGCUAAAGUACCAAGAUAUAUUUUUACUCAAGUAUAUUAUGUAUUGUCCACAAUGACUGUCUGAUUUUAUUGGUGUUAUUUCUGUUUUGUAAGGACUUUUACGCUCGUAUUGCGUCUGCUAUAAAAUCAGGAGGACAUUUUUAUGCCCCCGGUAGCUUGGCAUAUAGCAGUUGAACUGUCCGUCCGUCAGUCAUUCUGUCCUUCCGUCUGUCCAAAAACUUUAACAUUGGCCAUAACUUUUGCCAUAUAAGAUAUAUAAAAGAUAGCAACUUGAUAUUUGGCAUGCAUGUGUAUCUCAUGAAGCUGUACAUUUUCAGUGGUGAAAGGGCAAGGUCAUCCUUCAAGGUCAAAAUUCAAAAAAUACAAUCCAAAGGAAGUAAUAAGCUUUAAAAGGGAGAUUAUUUUUAAACCUGCCAAAUGAUUUAUUUAAGUUUUUUUUCAAAGCGGCGCAAUAGGGGCCAUUGCGUUUCUGGCAAACACAUCACUUGUUUAAUGUCACCCAUAAGGAUACAUAAUGAAUUUGUUUUUGUUUUUAAUGUUACCUUAUUAAGAUGUGUUCAUUUGUUUAACUGAUUUUGCAUUCAUUUUUUAUUAAAAACAUGUUUUUCAAAGUUUAUUGUUUCAAGUUUAAUCACAAACUUGAUUGGUUGAUAAAUAGUUACAUUUUUGGUUAAGCAAAUUAAUAUAUAAUUUAUAUACUCAUUAGUUCUAUGUUAUAUGUUGUUGUUUUUAAAUAGAUGUUCAACAGUGAAUGUAAAAUUACUUAAGUCAAUGUUAUUUUUGCAAAGUAUGUUAUAUACCAGUAUAUUGUAAACAUGCCUUCACAAAAUCUUACCAGCAAAUGUAUCUUCUAUUUUAGUUGUUAAUUGUUUGUUUACUUGAAAAUUGAACUAAAAAAGCUUAAGUUGUGUUUAUAUCUUGUAUUUCAAAUUGUCAAAUAUGUACAAAAAGGUUGUAUUGUCAAGUUUUUACAAUAACUUGGUUCUGUUUUGAAUUAUAUAAUGCAAGUAAAAAUGUGAACUAGAGGAUCCCAGAUCAUAUUUGAACAAAACCAAAUCGGUAGAUCUCAUUCAUGGGGUUAUGCAGUGCAUAACUUUGAAGCAUACAUUUUACUCCCCUGUUUUAAGGGUUAUUGACCUUUGUUAUUUUUUUGUUUUUAUUUUAAACAAUUCCAGAAAAUAUCUAAAAAAAUAACAAACAGGUAAACUUGAAACUUAUAAGGAGGAAAGAACUCAUUUCUGGGAUGUGUACAUGAACUAUGACUCUUGCUUCCACAUUUAAAGAGUUAUUGACCUUUGAAUUAGUUUGUACUUAAAUUUUGUCCCGACUUUAUCUUGAAAACUCUGUAAGGUUUCAUUUGAAACCUAAUUGGUAAUUGAUUAUUAAUUGAUAAUUUUAUUCUUAUUGCCCUUUGUAUAUUUAUUACAUUUAAAUUUUGAAUCUAAAACAAACUAUAAGAGGUGCAAGAGAGCCAUACUUUCUAAGUUAUGUGCUUUUCAUUGUUCAUGCUGAACUUUUGUCCAGGACAUGUCUUCAUUAUAAUAUUAGAUAUCGAACGAAAACUUCAUUGAAAUGAAGCUUGAUUGUUUAAAAACUAUUUCUUUAAACUGAGGUGCAUAUGGCCUCUGGCAAAGCUGCAUGGGGAAUUUUUCAGGCACAACAUCGAUAGCUCUAGAUUAGAUAGAACAUGUUUCUUCCAUUUUUCAUUUUUAGCUCCACUGGCCAGAGGCCCGCGGGGCCUAUGUCAUGGUCCUGUGUCCGUCGUGCGUGCAUGCGUGCGUGCGUUAACUUUUCCUUAAAACAUCUUUUUCUCCUAAAGUACUGGUCCAAUUCUGUUUAAAUUUCUCAGGAAUGUUCCUGGGGUGAACCUCUUUCAAAUUUGUUCAAAUUAUGCCCAUGGAGUCAAAUUUGACCCUGCCCCGGGGGUCAAAAAAAUGAAAAUUUGCUUAUAUAAGGCCUAUUUUGUGAAAACUUUCAAAAUCUACUCAUCCAUAAUCAUUGGGCCUAGGGCUAUCAAAUUUGGUAUGUAGAGACAUCUAAUAGUCCUGUAUCAAAUUUCUUCAAAUUAUGCCCCUAGGGUCAAAUUUGACCCUGCCCCGGGGGUCACAAAAUUGAACAUAUGCUUAUAUAAGGCCUAUUUUGUGAAAACUUUCAAAAUCUACUCAUCCAUAACCAUUGGGCCUAGGGCUAUCAAAUUUGGUAUGUAGAGACAUCUUAUAGUCCUCUUCCAAAUGUGUUCAAAUUAUGCCCCUGGGGUCAAAUUUGACCCUGCCCCAGGGGUUACAAAAUUGAACAUAUGCUUAUAUAAGGCCUAUUUUGUGAAAACUUUCAAAAUCUUUUCGUCCAUAACCAUUGGGCCUAGGGCUAAUAAAUUGGGUAUGUAGAAACAUCUAAUAGUCCUCUACCAAAUUUCUUCAAAUUAUGCCCCUGGGGUCAAAUUUGACCCUGUCCUGGGGGUCACAAAAUUGAACAUAUGCUUAUAUAGGGUCUAUUUUGUGAAAACUUUACAAAUGUUGUUGUCCAUAACCAUUGGGCCUAGGGCUACCAAAUUUGGUAUGUAGUGACAUCUUAUAGUCCUCUACCAAAUUUGUUCAAAUUUUAUCCCUGGGGUCAAAUUUGAACCUGCCCCGGGGGUCACAAAAUUGAACAUAUGCUUAUAUAAGGCCUAUUUUGUGAAAACUUAAAAAAAAAUAUUGUCCAUAACAAUUAGGCCUAGGGCUACACAAUUUGGUAUGUAGUGACAUUGUAUAGUCUUCCACUUAGUUUGUUCAAAUAAUGCCCCAGGAGUCAAAUUUGACCCUGCCCUGGGGGCCACAAAAUCGAUUAUAUGCUUAUAUAGUGCCUAUUUUGUGAAAACUUUAAAAAUCUUUUUGUCCCUAACCAUAAGGCAUAGGGCUACCAAAUUUUGUAUGAAGUGACAUCUAAUAGUUCUCUACCAAGUUUGUUCUAAUUAUGCCCCUUGGGUCAAAUUUGACCCUGCCCAGGGGGUAACAAAACUGAACAUAUGCUUAUAUGGGGCCUAUUUUGUGAAAACUUUAUAAAUCUAUUUGUCCAUAACCAUUGGGCCUAGGGCUACCAAAUUUGGUAUGUAGUGACAUCUAAUAAACCUCAACCAAAUGUGUUCAUAUAAUGCCUCUGGGGUCAACUUUGACCCUGCCCUGGGGGGUCACAAAAUUGAAUAAACGCUUCUAAAACGCCUAUUUUGUGAAAUCUUUAAAUAUCU